AUUCGGAGCAAUUUGCGCAUAGAGAUGGCAUUAAAAUGUGUAUUAGCAUUUAAUUUUGGGGACACCUUUUAGUUUGACCCGGAAAUACACAGAGACUUGAUUGAAGACCCAAUUAUAAAUAAAGCAUCUCCACUAUGGUGCAGCUAAUUAAUGUUUCUAUGAUCCGCCAUUAUCGGAUGAGUGAUCCUUGAGCGAUGGAAGGAGAAAUCAACAAUUUCAUUAUGGUAUGGGCUAUUGUUGUGGCUUCUCUAUGUUAUUGCCACACCAUAGGAAACUACCUCUUCCCCAAACCAAAUCUAGCAAGAGUUUUUGCCAUUCUUCCGAUUGUAUGUCUCUUCUUUGUCCUUCCUCUCAAUCUCACCUCUGUAUUUCUUGGUGGAUCAUCUUCCUUCUUGAUUGCUUGGUUAGCCAGUUUUAAAAUUCUCCUUUUCGCUUUCGGGCUUGGCCCUCUGGUUGCCUCUCCAUCCCUGCCCCUCUCAACCUUCAUCCCCUUGGCAUGUUUGCCUAUCAAGCUUCACGACCGGGCCCUUACUGAUUCCCGACCAAAGCGCUUUGGUGGAUCGGAACCGCCCGUUACCGAGUCAUCAUCGGUUCCCGCCGUGCAGGGCCUGAUUUCUAAAAAAGCACACAAAUUUUCGAUCAAUCAUUUCGCAAAAUUCAUUCUUCUGGUAAUCUUGAUCCAUGUGUACAAAUAUCAAGAAUUCAUUCACUUCAAUGUGCGAUUGUUCUUUUAUUCCCUCCACAUUUACUUCAUCCUGGAACUCUCCCUGGUCUUGGUGGGAUCUGCGGUGAGAACCGUUUCGGGGAUCGAGCUGGAACCACCUUUUGACGAGCCCCACCUCGCCACCUCACUCCAGGACUUCUGGGGCCGGAGAUGGAACCUGAUGGUGACCAAUAUUCUCCGGCCAACGGUGUAUGACCCAGUGAUGGCUGUCAUGGCUCGCUUUGUGUCGGGUCAGUGGGCCCGAUUCACGGGAGUUGUGGGGGCUUUCUUGGUUUCCGGAAUCAUGCACGAGCUCGUCUUCUACAGCAUUGGAAGGGCGAAGCCUAGUGGACAAGUGUUGUGCUUCUUCCUCUUGCAUGGGGUGUGUUUGGGUUUGGAAAAUUGGAUGAAGAAAGCGUUGGUUGGGAAAUUUAGGCUGCCUGCUCUCGUGUCUGGGCCAUUGACAUUGUCCUUUGUGAUGGUUACAAGUUUUUGGCUUUUCUUCCCACCAAUGUUAAACAAUAUGGCUGAUGUCAAAGCGUGCAAGGAGUGUCUUGCUUUUGUUGAGACUUUGAAGCAUAAUAAAUUAGUUAGUCCAAAUAACAUCACUUGUCCUUUCUUUUGAUCAUUUAUGCUAAGCUACUUCAUUAGCCUAACCUCACAUAUUCUAAUCUAAUAGGCCGGAGUACCAAACGAGACUCAAUUAUGUUUUGUAAACAAAGUUGUUAGGUUGUAGCCUGUAGGUUACCAAGUACUUCUCAGUUUUAAUCCAUUAGCUGUAUACUUGUAUGUGCCAUUUUAACAAUUUUGUAAGAACUGUGAGCCCGUUUGGUAGUAUCAAAAUCGGUUGUUUUGGUUGAUUCUGCUUAAAUUUAUGAAGUUCUGGCUGAAGUAGCUACA